CAUCCGUCCGUCCACCUGCAACCAUGACCGUCCCCAUCGCCAAGUCCUUCUACGACCUGAGUGCCACCUCCUUGCAGGGGGAGAAGGUGGACUUCAACGUCUUCCGGGGCCGGGUGGUCCUCAUCGAGAACGUGGCGUCCCUCUGAGGUACCACCGUGAGGGAUUACACCCAGCUCAACCAGCUGCAGGCCCGCUACCCCCGCCGCCUGGUCGUGCUGGGCUUCCCCUGCAACCAGUUUGGCCACCAGGAGAACGGCACCAACGAGGAGAUCCUCAACGGCCUCAAGUACGUGCGCCCUGGGGGGGGCUUCGAGCCCAACUUCACCCUCUUCCAGAAGUGCCAGGUGAACGGGCAGGACACCCACCCCGUGUUUGCCUACCUAAAGGCCCACCUGCCCGCCCCGGCCGACGAGAGUGACCACCUGAUGACCGAGCCCAGGUUCAUCACCUGGAGCCCCGUCCGACGCUCCGACGUCUCCUGGAACUUCGAGAAGUUCCUGGUGGGUCCCGAAGGAGAACCUUUCCGCCGUUACAGCGCCCGCAUGCCCACCGCCCAGCUGGAGCCCGACAUCCAGAGGCUCCUCAAGUUGGCCAAGUAGGGGUGUUUCCAGUGUCCCCCCCCUCCCCUCACCGGUCACAACCCCCCCUGGGACGGCUCCAGCUCUCCGCCGGGUGACAGCCCCCUCCGAAACCUCCCCGGGGAGGGGGCUCGAUUUGGGCAGAGGGAUGGAGCCAGCUGGGGGGGGCACGGGCUGGUGGCAAUAAAACCAGCCAGAGGGGAGCGUGUGCCAGA